AUGUUUCUCACUACCUAUUUCUUCAACAAACUAUGCACCCUCUUCUAUGGUGCUUGGUCAUGGUGGUGGGACACCAACAAUAUAUUUUUUCUAUUCACUCUCAUCGUUCUCGCAAUCACAUGGUACGUUUGGAUCUUUACAAACAAUAGCAAAAAGAAUCAGCCACCGCUGCCACCGGGCCCACGCGGCCUACCCGUGGUUGGAAUCCUCCCAUUCCUUGACCCCGAGCUCCACUCGUGUUUCGAGAGCCUCAGUCGGACUUACGGUCCGAUCAUGAGGCUCCCGAUGGGUACAAAGGUGGGAAUUGUGGUCAGUUCGCCAUCUGCAGCACGGGAAAUGCUCCGGGAUCAUGACAUCACUUUCGCCAACCGUGAUGUCCCGGAGUUGGCCAGUGCUGCAGUGGCGAAAGGUGAUUCAGAUAUAGUUUUUAGCCCGCAUGGGCCCGGGUGGCAGAUGUUGAGGAAGGUUUGCGUCCGGGAGGUACUUGGCAGCGCCACCCUUGACUCGGUCUACUACCUCCGCCGACGAGAGAUUCGAAAUACAGUUAAAUAUCUCUACAGCAGGGUCGGGUCUCCAGUUCAUAUGGGUCAGCAGAUGUUUCUGACUGCUCUGAAUGCAAUAACAAGCAUGUUGUGGGGUGUGACGGUUCAGGGGCAAGAAAGGGCUAGCAUUGGGGCGGAUUUUCGAGUCGUGGUGGCGGAUUCAAUGGAGCUUUUGGGGAAGCCCAAUUUGUCGGAUUUUUUUCCAGGUUUGGCCCGGUUUGAUUUACAAGGGCUGAAGAAGCAAUUGUUGGGGAUAGUUAUGAGGUUCAAUAGGAUUUUUGAUGCAAUAACUGAUAAAGGACCAAGAUUGGAGGGUGGUAGACAGAACAAGGAUUUUUUACAAGUUCUGUUGCAGCUGAAGAAUGAAGGAGAUGCCAAAACACCUCUCACCAUGACCCAUCUCAAGGUCUUGUUCAUGGAUAUGGUCUUGGGUGGAACCGAAACAACCUCCAAUGCUAUAGAAUUUGCCAUGGCAGAGAUGAUGAACAAGCCAGAGGUCAUGAAAAAAGCACAAGAAGAGUUGAAGACAGUAGUAGGCAAAGACAACAUAGUAGAAGAGUCUCACAUAAACAAACUCCCCUAUUUACAGGCCAUACUAAAAGAGGUCCUCCGAUUGCACCCUGUCCUCCCUCUCAUGGUGCCUCACUGCCCGAGCCAAACUUGCAUUAUCGGUGGCUACACAAUUCCAAAAGGCGCUCGGGUUUUCAUCAAUGUAUGGGCAAUUCAUAGGGACCCUUCAAUCUGGGAAAACCCGUUGGAGUUUCGUCCAGAGAGGUUUUUGGAUGGAAAAUGGGGGUACAGAGGAGCUGAUUUUAAUUAUUUCCCAUUUGGGUCUGGGAGAAGAAUGUGUGCAGGCAUAGCCAUGGCUGAGAGGAUGUUCUUGUUCUCAUUGGCUUCGAUUUUGCACUCAUUUGAUUGGAAAUUGCCCGAGGGAGAGAAGUUAGACCUGUCAGAGAAGUUUGGGAUUGUGUUGAAGAAAAGAGUGCCUCUCAUGGCAAUCCCAACACCAAGACUAUCUAAUCCUACACUUUACGAGUAA